GACGACGUUACAAACAGAAAAUCAACACAGGUCCCAUCGUUCCAGUCAGGGUCCUUCAUGAUCAGCCAUGGUGUACAGUUCUUAGUAGUACCUGAACUCUGAGUUCGUCUAUCUAGUCGUGUACAACACAUGGCACAUACCAACGAAGGUGUUGUGGACAGCGACGAGCUUUCUCACGAAGAUUUGGACGAUCCUGGAGCAUACCCAUUCCCAUGUGGACAAUUUGCUGGUAAACGGCUCGAUUCUGUCUCACAUAGGUUGAGGCGGUGGGCAACAGGACCCGAUCUUGCAAGAUACUCUUGGUAUCCCGCCUACAUAAAGGCUAAUCAACGAUACGAGAAAUUACUCCUUCAAACUCCCGAAGCCUAUCCCUUUCCCUUUGGGAAGCAUGAAAACCAAAGACUCGAUGAAGUGCCAGAAAAUCUCAUCUGGUGGAGUAUCCAUCCUUUACGGGCUCAUAAUGUCUGGCACAAAAACCUGGCAGAGGCAAAUCGCCUUUACUUGGAUAAGGUGUACGACCAGAAGUCCCCAGGAUCGGUCGAAAUAUGGUUUGGAAAGCGGUAUCAGGGAUGUAGGCUCGAUGAUGUGUACAAUCGUUCUGAUUUCGUCAGAUUCUGCCUGCAACCAGAGCAUGAAGAAUUCACGUGGUAUUACAGGUUCAAAGACCUAGUUUACAGGUACAGGAUACAUCUCCUAGCCCAAUCUUUCAGUGCCUUGUCGUUGUCUCAGGAAUCCGCUGGAAGCUCGAGCAAUGAUGAUGAAUUUCCACACGCACCCCGCAAGUCUCUGCGACUUCGAAGCAUGUCUGUAUGAUGCGAGUCCCUCGACAACGACUCACAGAGUAUCAUAAAUUCAUAGUACUAUCAGUAGUAGCCUGAGAUGAAUGAAUAUUUAUGGGCAUGA